AUGAACUUCCACAAUUGCAAUGAUAUAACAAAAAUCAUACAGGUCAGGAAUUAAGUUAAAUUAUUAAUUUUACACAAUUAACAUUGUGUUUGUUUGAGGGGUGGGGCUUGUUGGGAUAGAAGGCGGUUCCUUUUAUCAAACAGACACAGACUCUACAUACAUAAGACGUCAACUUCCCUCAAAAGUGAAGAGGAUCACAGCAAAGAGAAAGAGAGAGCUAUAAGAAAACAUCUGUUUCAAAAUAAUUUUAUUUCGUUUCUCUUCUGAAGUAGAUCAUGGGUGGCACACUUUUGUAUGUUAUGCUGAUCUUUCUGUCCAUAGGACUGAAUAAACAGGCGGCAGAGGGCUGCAGUUGCUUCCCAAUACAUCCUCAAUAUUUUUUCUGCAAUUCUCGAAUAGCUGUAAUUCUAGCAGAAGUAACCAGUGAGGAGAUUGUUAGUGAGGACACUGAAUCUCAUAGAUGGGGGUCAAGUCGAUACCAAAUCAAAGUGAUCAAGGUGUUCAACAGUUUUAACAAUGCUAAGCAAAUUCAGUAUGUCUAUACAAAUACACAUGGAAGCAUGUGUGGCAUCAGGUUGGAACGCAGCCUCUAUGUGCUUUCAGGAACCUUAAAGAAUGAUGAUGGGAUCCUGGUGGGGAUGUGUAACCUUUUCAGGCAUUGGAACAGUCUGUCCUUAACAGAACAACAAAACCUCAACCAAACACUUCAGAUGAGCUGUAACUGCACGGUCUCUCUGUGUGUAGAAAAACCCUGUUGUGUCCAGUCUCCAAAAGAUUGUGUGUGGGUACCCUACACAUCUCACGCUCUGGAGUACGCCUGUCUGGAGAACAGUGACGGUUCAUGUAGCUGGUACAGAGGAGAUUCAAAAGAACCUCAAAAUGACAAGAUGGCCAUUUGCAAACCCAGAAGGUCAUGAGCAGUUUCUCAUUUUUAAAGAUGCGAGACAUGCUGUUCUUUUCAAAAUAGUGAGGGCACAAAGUAACGCGGGGUUAAUUGUAACAGCUAUUUUACAUACUGUAGUUACAUGGGGCUGAGCAAUCUGUACUUUUUGUAUUUUUUUGUGAAUGUCAGAAAAUUAACUUCUGUAAAUUUCUGCAAAGUUUUGAUGUGUUUUAGUUAAGAUACUGGACAAAAAUUGUUUUGGAGGCAUGAAAGUAAUUCAAUGUUUUUUAUUUCAGAGUUUUUUUUUUAUUUUAAGUCACCAAAUCCAACCUUAAAUUGUCUUAAUCACUGUGUUUUGUUACCUAAAACAGCUCCGUUUUGAAACAUGUCAGCAACUAGUAACUGAUAGCUAGGAUGAAAAAUAUUUUUUACACAGUUGGGUUUGUUACAGUAGGACUAAGCAUGAAACUAAGCCUUCAGUAUACAAUGUUAAUGAAAUGAAAAAAAAAAAAACAUUUUAUUAAUCAAAAUGAUAACUGUAAAUACAACAUCAGGGAAAAUAAUUGAUUGAUUGAAAAUAUAUUUUUUUGUCUUAAAAUAUUACUUUCAUUAAAAACAUGACUCACCCCCAUGUCAUCCAAGAUGCUUAUGUUUUUCUUUGUUCAGUCAAAAAAAAAGUAUGUUUUCUGAGG